AUGGAUAUCCACGGGAAUGCACUUGUCAUUGGCGCAGAUGUCUCCGAUGAAAAAUCGGUAGAGAGCAUGGUUCAGGACGCAGUGGCUAUGGUUGGUCGCAUUGAUUACUGUGUGGACAGUGCUGGUCUUGGUGUUCAAAGUCCCCUGGAGAUUGCAGAAGCUUCAGGGGAAGAAAUGGACAGGUCCUGGAGCGUGAACGUGAAGGGCACGUUUUUCUGUCUGAAAGCUGUGAGUGCAGCUAUGAAACGGCAGGAUGUUCUGACGGUGCCAUCUCGCGCUGGCACGAGGGAAAUUGGUAGAGGGGUUAUCAUUGCCCUUGGAUCAUGCAAUUCCUAUGUGGCCACACCCCGUAUAGUCCAGUACACUACAGCCAAGCAUGCCUUGCUUGGGAUGGUAAAGAAUGCAGCUCUCGAUAAUGCACCGUAUAAGAUCCGUGUCAACGCCGUUUGUCCUUCUUGGGCUGACACGCCGAUGACGGACGAGGCUAUCGAAGGGGAUCCAAGUCUGAAGGAUAUAAUUCGACGAGUGGUUCCACUUGGCCGAAUUGCGCAGGCUGAAGAGGUUUCCGACGCUAUCAUGUUUCUGAGCAGCCCGAGGUCCAGCUAUAUGACGGGAAGUGGCCUGCUCGUUGAUGGCGGGGCUACAUUACAGCUCCAAAUAUAA